CUUGCCGACCGCCAAUGCAGUGGUGCUCUUUCUAAAAUCUCUCACAUUGUACUCUACCGUAACCAUAACCUGACCUACACUUGGGUUCCUUGGGUUGGCUUGUUUGUUUUGUUUACAUUUAAUUUCUAUCUAGUUAGUUAUGUACAUAUUUUAUAAAGUGAAGUAGAUAGAUAUAUUUGGAAAGAUGAGCCAUAUUAUAGUAAUAAGAAGCUAUAAGCCGGGUGAUGAAAUUAAUUGUAAGGAGUUAAUAAAGGCAGGUGUAAUGUCUUCCUUAAAUUCAACGUAUUUCGGGAUUGUACUUAAAGAAUUGACAUUCCAAAUGAUGAUAUUAUUCGCCGCUAUAAUGUUCAUUUUCUUUGGAUUACCCCUGACUGUUUGUCUGUUGGUCGUCCCUCUCGUUAUUUGUCUCGUGUACGUUGCAACUUACAUAGGUUUCACUGCGAAAGCUAUGGAAGUUAAUGAAGAAGUUUCUAACAUACCAAGGAUUUAUAUGUCCAAUGCAUUCUCAUGCUUUUGGGUCGCCGAGGCGUUUGAACCUUACAUAAUGACACACCAUCCAAAGACUGUUCACUACACUGUGAUGACUGAACAACAAUUCCGUGACUCGAACAUUGACAUUUCCUCUCAGGUUAAGAGGAUAGUAGGAACUAUUGCCUUGUGUAAAAGUUAUAGAUUAGACAAAGGUGCGUGGCUGAAAAGGCUAUAUGUGCAUGAGCAAUAUAGGAGGAAGGGAGUAGCUUCGUGCCUUAUAAAUGUGGCUGUGCAAUUUGCUGUUGAUCAAGGAUACAGCUGUGCUAAUAUUGUUGCGUCAGAGUAUACAGAAGGUGGAAGAGAACUGUGCCUUAAGAAAGGUUUCGAAUUGCAACAAAUGUAUCAUAAACCUAUAAUGGGUUCACUCGUGACCAUAUUAAUGUAUGAAUUGUCAUACCAAAUUAAGCCUGGCGAAGAUGAUUACAUGCCUGUUGCUUAUUGUAGAUCUAUGCUUAAUAAGUAAAAGCUAAGUCCAAAUUUCUUGAAUUUGAGGUCUUCCAAAUGAAAGUGCAUUUAGAAUACAAUUUUAUUAUCCAACAUAACUUUAAUCAUAUCUGUAUAAAAUAUGUA